AUGGGUGACAGCGCUUGGGUGGGGACCUGGAGGCCUCAUCGUCCAAGGGGCCCAAUAAUGGCCCACUUUACCAGCCCAGGACCAAAGUACUCAAUACAGGGGACAACAGGUUACCUGAAGCACAACCCCACCAAAAGGAAAGCCCCUGCCUACACUUUUAAGGGGGCAAGGCCUUUGCUCCGUGAAGCCUGUUCUCCGGGUCCUCGUUACUAUGUGGAACCCGCAAUGACCAGGAAGGGAAAGGAAGCUGCCCCAGCUUAUACCAUGUGUGGGCGCCCCAAGGUGAAAACUGAGGUCACACCUGGCCCAAGCGAUUAUUCACCAGAGAAGUCAAAAAAGCAUGUUUAUGAAUCUGCUCCUGUGCACUCCAUGUCAUUCAGGACUAGGAGCUUCAGUGUAGACAGCACUCCAGGUCCUGGCGCAUACACUAUCCCUCGGGUGAUGGGACCCAACACAGUGGACAAAACUGCUAGCCCUUGUUAUUCCAUGAAAUGGAAGAGUAAGCUUGGUCGCUUUGAUGAGGAUCUCCAUAAGACCCCGGGUCCAGCUGCAUAUAAAAAGACAGACGUUGAUGUGUACAAAAAGAGAGCCCCCAAGUACAGCAUGAGCUCCCGGACUAAGCCUGCAGGAACUGUUAGACAUCCUGGACCAGGAGACUAUUAUCCCGGAAAGAUAACACUGACCAAGCCUUGUGCCCCAGUUGUUACCUUUGGAAUCCGACACUCUGAGUAUACAAUGCCUUUGAUAGUGGAUGUCUAUUGA